UUGAAAAUGCAAAACUUUUAAAACGAAUUAUAGAAGAAUAUAUUAAAAAUAAAACUGAUAUAGCAAAAUUAAAAACUGCUGAGAAAAUUCUUAAUGAGGAACUGAUAAUUGAGUAUCACCCUCCUUUCUUGAAUAGAUUAGAAUUUGAUGCCUUCUUUCAAAAAUAUCGAAUUGCAUUGGAAGUACAAGGAA